GCUAAAUUUUUUUUUCAGUGAGCAUCGGAGUGUCGAAACGGUUAGUCGAAGGAAAAAAACUUUUCUAUCGCCAAGUGAAUUCGAUUUGUAGUGAUGGUGAUGAAAUAAUGAUGUUCAAAGAUUGAUUGUUACUGCUCAAGUUAAUUCGAUAGAGAAGAGAAAAGUACAAAGCAUUACUGGCAGCCAGCCGCCAGCUAGGUAGUGUGUUCUGUAAUCGAUAGUAUAGCAUGCAAUAGAAUUUUGGAUACGGCUAUGGGAGAUGCCAUGUUAUGCAAUAUUAAUCGAAACAUUAAAGGAAGGAAAUACCUUUAUUGAUAAGAACAGAUCCCUUGAGAUAAACUGAAUCAAUGGUUUAAGAAACAACACUAACCGCAAAUUGCUUUAUGAGUACCAUAGCAUUAUUUAUAACGAAUUAUAAAAUAACACCAAACAAAGGAUGAGAACAAUGGCACCAUCUGCAGGAGAAACAUUGCGAGCCUGGCUACUAUCGGCACUGGUGGUGCAUGGGGCAGUUGCCGGAAAUCCCGACGCAAAACGGCUCUAUGACGAUCUACUCAGCAAUUACAAUAAAUUGGUUCGACCCGUAGUCAAUACCUCCGAUGUGCUUCGAGUAUGCAUCAAACUGAAACUUUCGCAGCUAAUUGAUGUGAAUCUAAAAAAUCAAAUAAUGACUACCAAUCUUUGGGUUGAACAGUCCUGGUACGAUUACAAAUUGCGCUGGGAACCGAAGGAAUAUGGGGGCGUCCAAAUGUUGCACGUGCCAUCAGAUCACAUUUGGCGCCCGGACAUUGUACUGUAUAACAAUGCUGACGGUCAUUAUGAAGUAACCUUAAUGACCAAAGCCACAGUAUAUAAUACUGGUCUGGUUAUUUGGCAACCGCCCGCAGUGUACAAAUCGUCGUGCUCAAUAGAUGUUGAAUAUUUUCCAUAUGAUGUACAAACAUGUGUCUUAAAACUAGGAAGCUGGACCUAUGAUGGUUUUAAGGUCGACUUGCGUCACAUGGAUGAACAGUCUGGGAGUAACAUCGUAGAUGUUGGGGUUGAUCUAUCCGAGUUUUACAUGUCUGUCGAAUGGGACAUCUUGGAGGUUCCAGCAGUUCGCAAUGAAAAAUUUUAUACAUGCUGUGAUGAGCCUUACCUCGACAUUACGUUCAAUAUUACAAUGAGGCGAAAGACACUUUUCUACACUGUUAAUAUCAUUAUUCCAUGCAUGGGAAUCUCGUUUUUGACUGUCUUGACAUUUUAUCUGCCAUCAGACAGUGGUGAAAAGGUUACCCUGUCGAUUUCGAUUUUAAUUAGUCUCCAUGUGUUCUUCCUACUAGUCGUUGAAAUAAUUCCACCAACGUCAUUGGUUGUACCGUUAUUGGGAAAAUAUUUGAUAUUUGCUAUGAUAUUAGUUUCAAUUAGUAUAUGCGUUACGGUCGUUGUACUGAAUGUUCAUUUUAGAUCACCGCAGACUCAUAGGAUGGCACCUUGGGUCAAAACUUUCUUUAUCGAUUUUCUUCCGCGAUUUUUAUUCAUGAAAAGGCCUGCCUAUAUAGAAAACCACAGAAAAUUAUUGCCAAAACAUCCACAUGCUUGCUUUUAUCCUUAUUAUUCGACCACCACAUUAAAUCGCGUUAAAGCUCGUUUUCACAUUAGGACAUCAGUAAAAGACGAUCAAUCUCCACUAAGUCUAUCAGGAACCGGCCCAUUCGGAGGAAGCUGCCAGAUUCACGGUCCCCUGCCAGUUCCACAUUCAGAGUCGGAGGAGUUGUCUUUAUCGACGGCGGCGGAUACGGCCGUUCCCUCCGGGAUCAAGAGCCCGGUGUUCAAACAACCUUCGUUCUCGCACACCAGUUGUCCCAUUGAAGUCCACAGGAGUUGCUUCUGCGUGAGGUUCAUCGCAGAGCACACAAAAAUGUUGGAAGAUUCUACAAAGGUGAAAGAGGACUGGAAAUAUGUGGCGAUGGUACUGGAUCGAUUGUUUUUGUGGAUCUUCACGUUAGCGGUACUGGCCGGAACCGCCGGUAUAAUUCUGCAAGCACCAACGCUUUACGACGAUCGGAUUCCAAUCGAUAAAACAUUCGACGAACUGGCCACAUCAACAGUUGUGCGCUGUCCACCACAAUAGCAAACAGGGAGCAGCUUGGAAACACUGUUGAUCUUAUUAGGAUGUGCUGUAGGAAUGAGUGUUUGCGUUUUGAUGUAUGAAAGGGUAUUUAAUGGUAGGUUUUUGUAGUAUUAAAACUUCAUAGAAACAACGAAUACGGCCAUUAUGGAAAUAAACAUCAUUUGCGUUUCUGAAGAACGGCAUUGACAAAUAUAAUAGUAGUGCAAUAUUAAAAUAAAAAUAGGAAUCUUUAAUUUCCAAACUCAACCGGACAAAAUAAGUUCAUUACAUCAAAGGUUCUCUUUAUUGAACCCAUCUUAUUCUCUACACUUUUUCGUAUGCGUUACAUUUCUUGAAAAUUAUUUUAACAAUUUGUGCAUCUACAACUCAUGUUUUAGAAAAAAAAUGAAAAACGUUAACAAAAUUCACGGUUAUAACAAUUCCAAAUAAGUGAUAAAAUGGCCUACUGUUCCAGCAACUUUACAGAAGAUUGUUAUUAUUGACAUUAUAGCACAGAAAUUACAUGUUAAAUGAUCAUUAUAGCAUGCAUAAGCGUGCCAUAAUGUAAAUCAAUAUAACUUACUUGUAAAAGCAAAUUAUGCUCAAUUAUACUUGUUGUUCUGUAGAUCGCUUAAUAACGCGCAUAAGUUUGAAUACUAUAAGUUUUCUUUUCAUAUUUUAUGGAAACACUUCCCACAACCGUUUUUUUUAGUUCGUUGAGUAUUGUAAAACAGUUUUUCAUCUCAGAAACAGUUAACAAUUAUGUACAUUUAUCUUACUUGAAGUUUUGGCUGGUCCACUAGGAUUAUGGAAGGAUUACCAAUCGUUUUUCUUGUAUUUUGAAUUCAAUGAAAAAAGAAAGAAAAAGAUCUGAUGACAAAAUGCUCAAUUAUCCAUCAGUGUGAGACUGCGAAGUACCACUAUCUCAAAUUUUAUCCUUCAUGUAUAGAAUUUUUUACUUCAUUACCUUUACUCCAAAUUUCCAAAGUGGUCUUUUAUAAAAUUACGUUGACCUCACAACCGAUAAACCUUGCCGAUAGUCCAUUGCACUUUAAUUUCAGUAGUGUGUAUGAGUGAUAUUAGAACAAAAAAUAUAGGUAGGGAUAGUCUACUCAUAUGAUUUGAAGAAGAAGGAACAUUUAUGUAAUUAAUAAAUGCAAUAACUGCCAGUAGAUAUUUCCUAACUCAUUGUUUUAACGAAAUCAAAAUAUUAAAGAACAGACAAACUAUUAAUUGGUAUGUUCAAGAUGAAAUAAUUUUAUAACAACCACUAUUUUUUCUAACAAUGUAUUUAAUUCUGGACUAUAAACCAAACUCAUUGAUCAUUUUCUCAUAUUCUAUGAAAAACAAGUACAUAUGUUCGUCUCUGAUUAAGUUCUAUUCUACGACACGAAUAAAAGCAUAUGGCUUUACGGGAAUAGUCAGUGUGACAUCAAACAUGAAAACGUUAACAUAGAUUGUAGGAACACAUAAUAGAGAAAAAAAAUUAGGAAUAUUUAUAAAAGCCAAGUAAAAACAAAUUACUGCUAAAUCAAAUAAAAUAACACAUCAUACUUUUCGAAAGAAAGUAGCAAAACACAUAACAAGAACAUCGGUGUUGAUUGUUAAGCUAAGUUUGUUGAAUAAACAGCAUUUCCAA